UCAUUUGUCACUUAAAAGUAGUACAAGCCAUUAGUGAAAGAUUAUAACGAGAUCGGGUUUGUACAUGCGCAUAGCGAUUUCAGUAAGUUAUGGAACUUGCGUUCUGUUAAAACGUUCAAGAAAGUUUGUGAUUGUUUCUGUUUUACUUUUAUUAAUAUAAAUUCAAAAUCUCGCUGGUUUUUUGCAAAGUGUCUUUUAAAAUAAUUUGUGAGAAAAAUAUUCUAGUUAACCGUUCAAAUUAAAUCAAAAACAUGAAGAAGAUACUUGUGACAAUCUUAGUAACGAAUAUUAUUGCGUUAUGUAUGUCAGCCAGUAUAAUUGAUUUUAUAUCCGGUUCGGAGAGUCGACAAAGUGAUGCUGGUUCAAAAAAUUGUAUUUGUAAAGAUCUUUCAUGCAUUUGUUGUUUAGAUUUUAAUAUUUCAUUUAUCGAUCUUGGCGGUCCAGGAUGUGUACGAUUGAACUAUCUAUCACCUGAGGAAGGAAUUGCUUUGAAUGUGUCUUAUGGUGAGAGUCUACUGCAUAAUGAAGUUGUUAAAGGCCCAGAUCCACCACCAACUUGUUUGAACAUUUUUGCCCAGCUGGCUCAAAUGUGUGCACGAUUCAAAGGGCUGAUGCCAACCGACGAUGGUAUGAAAGGUUGUGUGAGCUUGGAACCAAUGCUUUUGGGGGAACCCCAACUAGACUUACCAAUUGGAUGUUUUCGAAUGUCGCCGCGUGGCAUGGAAAUUAUUCAAUCACCAACUGAAAUAAUAAACGAACAAAAGCCACAAGAGACUGAAAAAGAUGGAAACAGUACGAGCGAAGAGAAUGAAGGUCCAGAUUCAUUAGCUGGAUAUACGGCCGAAGAUAUUUUGGCUGCUGUAAAUGAGUCAGCUGAACAAGGUAUUGCUUUAAUAAGUAAUUGGCUUGGUCUAUCGCCAAAUGCAACCGACGAAUCAAAUGCCGAUGCAAACAGUAUAACACAGCCACCUCAAGCACAACCACAAUAUGUAACUGAAGCCAAUCAUUAUGCACAAGAUUCAUCAAACAAUGGCCAUGUGGUAUUUGGCUCUUAAUCCCAUGUUCAAUAAAUUAUUCCCCAAUAUUGCUCGCACUUAAUUUAUUAUUAAUCUUAAGAAUAACUGCAUUGCAUGAGAGAUUUAUCAUCAUUGUUGAAAUUAUAAAUAUUUAAAUAAACAUUAUAAAAAUGGACACACGAUUGUA